GUCAUUUCCGCUAAUGUAUCUGCCUCCGAGACGAAUAAAAUCGUUUGUGUUCUCGCAAUAUUUAUUCAUAUUUGUAGCCACGUUUUACGGAAUAAUUUCUUUUUUGGAUAACGUUGGACACAGGAGGUCACUGAAGGUGACGUAAACAGCACAGCAGAGUCUGUGUCAUCCUGGGUAGUACACAGAGUUCAACUAACGACCCAGGUGAACCUGUAAAUCAGGUCGUCAUGGAGCUGUCUCACAGCCUUCUGCUCAACGAGGAGGCCCUUCUACAGAUAGCAGCUUCCAAGAAGCCUGUCUUCAUCUUUGAGUGGCUCAGAUUCUUGGACAAAGUCCUAGUAGCAGCACAGAAAUCUGACAUCAAAGAGUCUCAAAAUAAAUUAGUUCAGCAGCUAACCAAUCAGAUUCAUGAGUCUCCUGGGCCACCGACACGAAAGUUACUUGGUAAAUGUCUCGCUACGCUCUACCAUGUUGGUGAUACCUUCACGCUAUUUGAAACCGUCAACAAGUGCAAUGAUAUUGUUAAAAGUAAAGAUGAUUCUCCAAGUUUCCUGCCAGCAAAACUGGCCGCUGUUGCCUGUAUUGGUGCAAUGUAUGAAAAACUUGGCAGAAUGGUUGGAGGGACAUUCCCAGAAAAUAUUCAGAAUUUGGUGAAAGGAUUGAAAAAUGCUGAGUCCCAGGGCCGGAGUGAAAUCAUGCUAUGUUUACAGAAGAUCCUGGCUGGUCUAGGUACUGUAGCACAGUCGUAUCAUAAAGAAAUUUACAAAGCUGCCCGAAAUGCCCUGGUAGAUAGAAGUAUGGCUGUAAGAUGCGCAUCAACCAAGUGCAUUUUGGAACUGAUCAAAUGGGCUCCAUUUAUUUAUACAACUGAACUAGAAAAUCUAGCCAGUCAGUGUUUCCGGGCAUUGGAUAGUUCUAAUUACGACGUUCGAUGUGCCGUUGCUAAAGUACUAGGUGUAUUGAUGGCGACAUCACAGACUAACAGGUCACCAGAUCCCAAAGUCAAGAAGACCAGUACUGAGGAGGUGUUAAAUAUUUUGGCAUCUGGAUUUUUAAAAGGCGGGUCUGGAUUUCUUAAAGGCGGAGGUGGUGAGCUGUUGAAAGGAGGCACAGUAAAUAGAGAAAUACGAGUUGGUGUCACUCAGGCGUAUGUUAUUUUCGUGAACACUAUGGGAGGUCUUUGGUUUGAGAGAAAUAUUACUACAGUGUUGAAUCAUGUAUUAGAACUGGUAGCCCAUCCUAGAGCAUCACCUUCACAUGUAGAUGCUGUGUACGCUAGGAAAUGUGUAUCGUUUAUUCUGAGAUCUCUACUGGGUGGUAUGAUUGGAGAGAAAGCACAGAUGUCGGCCGCUAAAGAGAUAUGUGUUAUUAUUACAAAACAGAUGAAUUUAGUUAGUGAUGAUUCCCUGGAAUCCACUGACAGUAAAAGUGGUAACAAUGAGAUUGCAUUGAGUCAACAUGUACUAGUGUGUGCAUUACAGGAACUAGGUAGUCUUGUAAAGGGACUUGGCACAUGUGCUAAUAACCUAGUAGCUGAGGCUGCUUCAGGAAUUGUGGAACCAGUUGUAUCUGUAUUAUUACAUCCAGCACCAUCAGCAAGGCUUGGAGCAGCAUGGUGUCUGCGUUGUAUAGCAGUUGCACUGCCCUCACAGUUGACUAUUCUGCUGGAUAGAUGCACGGAUAGGAUCAAUAGUCUCAAAGCUUCUCCGGAAGCUGUAUCCGGAUAUAGUUUUGCAUUAGCAGCGCUAUUGGGUGGCGUACACGAGUCAGCUCUUGGAAUCCCACAUGCUAAGGGCAAGGCCAUAUUCAAUAUUGGAGAGGAUUUAUUGAGGACAGCUUCACAGAAUAGUAGAAUGUCCUUACAUAGAACACAGGCUGGAUGGUUGAUACUUGGUGCUGUUAUGACAUUGGGUGCAUCUGUUGUACGGCAGCAUUUACCAAAAAUGUUACUAUUAUGGAGGAAUGCCUUCCCUAGGUCAGCUAAAGAGUUGGAUUCAGAGAAAGCUAGAGGUGAUGCAUUUACAUGGCAAGUAACUCUGGAAGGAAGGGCAGGAGCACUCUGCACAAUGCGUAGUUUUAUUCUGCACUGUUCUGAGUUGGUGACAGACGAUGUGAUAAGAAGACUGAUGACCCCACUAGAUUGUGCAAUGUCAAUGAUGGCUAAUAUUCCUGGCGUUAUUAAGAUGUAUGGUGCACAUUUGAAAGCAUGUGCUGCUAUGGUCAGGUUACGAUUGUAUGAAACAUUGGCAUUGCUACCACCACAGUCAUAUGAAGGAAGUCUAAGUUCACUUCUGAGAGAAUUAGUAGCAGAGUUUACACUGACAGACAAUCCAGCCAAUACAACAACGUCUACACUACGUUCUAUGUGCCAUGUGGAUGAUAGUAUUAUACUGCAGUCAUGGCUACAAGAGACUGAUCAUAAAUCUAUUGAAAUGCAGCUACAACCCAAUAGUGCAUCUGGUUCUGGUGCUUUAGAACAUGAUCCAUCAUCAAUAUACUUACGUAUUGCAGUGGGAGAUGCAGUUCCUGGACCAUUACCACUGGGUGUGGCAGUUAUCGAUGCAUCUGUAAUACUGUUUGGUAAAGUGUUUUCUAGAGUUGCUCACAAGCAUAGAUUACAGAUGUUAGAACAUUUUGGGGAGUGUAUAAAACAAGCCAAGUCUACCAGACAGCAAGCUGUACAGAUCAAUAUAUUCACCGCUGUACUUAGUGCGCUAAAGGGCCUAGCUGAAGCAAAGGGUAGAUUGAAAAAUGCUGAUGUACAGAGAGCUGCUAAUAAUCUAAUCAUGAGUGCACUAACUAAUUCAAAUCCAAUUCUACGAUGUGCUGCUGGUGAAGCCGUGGGUAGAAUGGCUCAGGUCAUAGCAGAUAGUUCAUUUAUUGCUCAGACUGCUCAAAACUGUUUUGACAGAUUGAAGACAGCUCGUGAUGUGGUAUCUCGUACUGGUAAUUCUUUAGCAUUGGGAUGUUUACACAGAUAUGUGGGUGGUAUGGGUGCUGGUCAUCAUCUUAAUACUAGUGUUAGUAUAUUAUUAGCACUAGCACAGGAUAUCACAUCACCACAAGUACAGGUGUGGUCACUGCAUGCCCUUGCAUUGAUAGCAGAUUCUGGUGGUCCAAUGUUCCGUGGUUAUGUGGAGCCAACCUUGUCACUGUGUCUUCAAUUGUUAUUGACUGUACCACCUGCUACUGUUGAAGUCCAUCAAUGUCUAGGGAGGUGUCUUGCCGCUCUCAUAACUACACUGGGUCCUGAGUUACAAGCCAAUACCAUAACGCUGUCUACAUGCCGGUCAUCAUGUCUGGUAGGCUGUGCUAUAAUGCAGGACCAUCCAGAUUCAUUAGUUGGAGCUGAGGCUAUUGCUUGCCUUCAACAGUUACACAUGUUUGCACCUAGACAUGUCAAUUUAUCUACACUUGUACCACACCUCUGUAAAACAUUAAAGAGCCCUCAUCUAUUGUUGAGGCUGUCGGCAGUGGCGUGUUUACGACAGUUAUCACAACGUGAAGCCCGCGAAGUCUGUGAACAUGCAAUGACAUUAGUGGUGGAAAGUAACAAUAAACAACCUUCCAUGGGAAAAGAUAAUUCAGAUGACAAUGAUAGUAUUACAAUGACAGAGACCGGAUUGGAAGGUGUUUUAUUUGAGAUGUUAGAUAAAGAAAAUGAUUCCAAGUUAAGAUCAGAUAUCCAUGACACUCUGAUUAGUAUGUUACAAGAAUUAGCAGCUGAGAACUCCACACAUUGGAUGAUAUUAUGUAAAGAUGUGUUACAGCAAGCAUCAACAGACAGCAAAGCUACAACACCAGCCAUUGAGGAACCAACAGACCCUGAUAAGGAUGAGAAAGAAGUGGAGCAAAUGGGUGAAUCUGAACAAGCAUUCAAAAUUCUUGGUGCAGUAGUUACACAUCCUACAGUUGCACCACGCUGGCCAACCAGAGUCUUCGCAACAGAGUGUGUGAGAAGAAUUAUCUCCGUCUGUGACGGUAAUACUGUACAUUUUAAUCUGGCACUGGCAAGAGAGAUGAAAUCACGUACAGCUAAAGGUGACUAUUUAGUACUACACUUGUCAGAUCUUGUACGUAUGGCAUUCAUGGCAGCCACAAGUGAAAGUGAUCAACUCAGAAAAGAAGGUCUCCGAUUACUUCAGGAUGUCAUUAAUAAAUUUGCCAAAGUUCCUGAACCUGAAUUCCCUGGUCAUUUCAUUUUAGAACAGUUUCAAGCCCAGGUCAGUGCUGCUUUGAGACCAGCAUUUUCACCAGAUACACCACCAGAUGUAACAGCUAUGGCAUGCCAGGUCUCAAGUACAUGGAUAGGAAGUGGUGUAGCGCUGACCCUCAAUGACCUGAGACGUGUUCAUCAGUUACUGGUGUCAUCGUUAGCUAAAUUAAAAACUGGCAAUAAAGGUGCACCAUCAAUGUUAUAUAGCGAAUCUGCUACAACUAUGGAGAAACUUGCCGUGCUCAAAGCAUGGGCUGAGGUGUAUAUAGUUGCAAUGCAACAGAAUCAAACACCGCCAUCACAAUCACAACUAUCUGAUAUGAAUGGUGACUUUGAUGAGGAAAAACCUACUGAAAGUUUACUUACUUUGGUACAACCAGAACUAGCAUCACUUAGCAAGCAUUGGUUAGCUGCCCUCAGAGACCAUGCAUUGCUGUCACUUCCACAAGAAUACUCUAGUCAACUCCCACCUGAAGGGGGCGCUUUUUACAAUGCUGAGACAAUGGAAAAUGCCAGGCCACAUUAUAGGAACUCAUGGCCCCCUAUGCUAUAUGCUGCAGCACUCUGGUUAAAUGAUAGAGGUUUUGCUAAUGUGGAGAAAGAGAAAAAAGACAAGAGAAGCAAUUCAUUUGGUAAUAAUGAUGGUACAAGAGUCAUGACUGGAAGAGGUGGAGCAUCAGUGAUGGCAGAGGCUGAGAAAACUCCUGAAGAAAUCAAUUCUGAUAGAUUUCAUCUUAUUCAAAGUAUAUGUGUUGAAGCGCUGUGCAACCCUAGAUCAUCAGAACCGAUAGAGACAGUAUCCAUGUGUCUUAAGGCACUCCAUGCCAUGUUAGAUACUCCCUGGCCACGUACUAAACUGGGAAAAGACCAGGCCUUAGCAAUCGAACUACUUAAUGUGUUACAUCGACUGUUGUUAACCAGAGACAUGCCAAUCACACAACUUGCAGUCAUGGAUGUGGUAAAACAAGUCAUAAUAGCCAUGGAGGAAAACCUUGAACAAAUGAAAGCAGAGAAAAAACAAGGUGGUGAUGGUUGCAAAGAUGUGAUUCUUGGGGAAGGUGGUGAGAACGGUGAUAUAAUUCCUGGACAAUCGUUAGUGUUUGCCGUAUUGGAAGUAUGUCUAUGUGUUUUAAUACGACAACUACCAGCAUUGAAUCCAUCCAUGCCAAGUACCCAUAUACAUGUAGUUUCCAAUUUACAGUUGUCUGAAGAGAGUAAUCAAUUGGUGUCAAGAGCUGUGUCUGUUAUGGCAAAGUUACCUGAUUUAUGUUCCGCUGCUGGUAGCGUAUCAAUUCUUCCAACAAUCUUGUUUCUAACAACCGGUGUGAUACGAGAGACAUCACUGAUAUCCAUGUCAGAUUAUUCUGUACCAUUACCCGUAGCAGCGUCAUUGCAAUCUUUGAAAUUAUUAACAUCAUCUCCAUACACACAAAACAGUCACUGUUCAGAUGAUUGGAUAGCUUUACUGCGGAGUGCACUCGCUACUUUGUUAGAUUUUGUUAAACCAGGUGUAGAUACUAAAGAGAAGAAUAAAACUGAUGAAUGUUGUAUUAUGUUAGCAGUAGCCAUGUUUAUCAUGACAGCGCCAUCGUCUGUAUCAACAGUACCAUCCAUACAAUCUGAAUGUAUUGAAUUAUUUGUGCGGGCAUUUAAAUCUGACAGACAAGUAGUUCGUAUCAAAUGUCUACAGACAUUAGCAUCUAUCAUUCAGCAUCCACAAAGAGAAGUGAGUACGCCAUUUAUCCAUGCACUUGGACCGAAGAUAGUGGAAUAUUUACACCAAGUUGGCAGCAAUAAAGCUGCGCAUGAAGAUCAGUUUACUGUAGUCAUAGAAGCUUUGAAGGGGUUAGAAAACUUGGUUGCACUCACAGAUGAAACUUACAGAAUUCAGCUUGCUGCCUUACUUGUGCCUACGCUUAUAUCCUUUUUGUUGGACUCCAAUACUUUACCGAGUGCUACAAAGUUUGGUCAUUCGCUCCAUGACUACUCCCUCCAGCGACUGAUGAAAAUUGGCCCACAGUACCCAACAGUCUUUAAAACAAUCAUGAACACUGCACCUGAUUUGAAGAGCAAGUUGGAAGCGGCUGUUCGAGCUAAUCAAGCCACAGCCAAAAAAGCUGCAGCUUUGGCAGCCGCUCACAAGCCCAAAGUUUUACAACAACCAGCGCAACCCAGCAUUAAACUCAAAACAAAUUUCAGUAAUUUUACUGGUUAGAACACAAUAUGUACUCCUGUCCACAUUAAGCAACAUCAGAAAACUUAGAAAGAUUCAGCUUUUGACUACCAAAGUCAACAUUUUUUUCCAUAUUUUGAUCAAAGUCCAUCAGGAAAUUUUGGUGGAAAAAAAAAUUGAUAGCUGUCAAAGAGUGAGCAGAAUUGAAGAUGAAUAUACAUUGUGGGGCACCAUGCAAAACUUGUGUAUAUUGCAUAUUUCAUAUUUAAUAAAAUAUAGUGAUAUAAAAUAGUCAUUGAACACUGAACACUGAAUGACAAAUGUAUAAAAUGUAAAUUACAGGUGAAUUUUAGUAAUAAUAAUAAUAAUUUCACAAAGAAACGAUAGCAAUUACUUAGCAAUAUAGUAGAGUAGUUUUCAAUAAAGCUGCCAUAGUGACCACCCUCUACAUGCAGUGUACUUAAAACUGUACCAAAUUAUGUGUAUCUAUUUUAAAAAUUAUUUAUCAUCAAACAUUUUAUGUUUUAAAUGUGGUGCUAAAAUCUGUGAAAUGCACAUAGUGAAUCCACCCCAAGACACUGUCAGAUAACCAUGACAACUCUGAUCAAACCAACAGAAAGGAUGUACCAGUAUUGUAGUGUUGGGUAUCAUGAUGUCUGUGUUCAGGGGUGUUAGGUAAUGUGUUAUUUUGCACAAGGUGAUGCCAAGAGACUGGAGAUACAAAGAUGUAUAUAUUUCUUGCAUGUUUUCUUUUUCUCACUUAUUGUUUUAAAUUGUAUAUUUGCCAUAAAGCCAAGGAAAAAAAGCUAACCCCUCAGUUUCUUGCAUCAUGUUUAUUUAAUACACAGAAUAAUCAUGAGAAAAUAAAGAUGGAGUUUGUUACAUUUAAAUUGUUACAGUAAAUCUUGUUUAUAUGUAGAUGCAAAUGAACAGCACUCAGACUGCACAAGUUUAUGGUUACAGUGCCAAAGCAUUGUUUUUUUCUCUUCAUUCUUUAUUUUCACACAUAAAAUCUUGAAUGAAUGUGUUCACCUCUACUGUUUGUUACAGCAUUUACUGAGUAGGUUCCCAGUAUUCUGUAAAUGAAAUCCUACUUUCUAGUAUUAGUGAGUCAACAGUCCAGUACCUAUUGUGGGCUAUGUGUCACUCACCUCACCUCACCUCAUUUUACUGUACUACCGGUACUAAAUAAUUGUAUACAUCAAAAGAUAUGUUAUUGUUAUUGACCAGUUAGGACAAUUUUAUUGUUUUAGCUGAGGUGAACACUGAAGUUAUGUUGUGUUCAAUAUAACCUGUUAAAAUGAAAGAUGUUGCAAAGCUUUGCUUUGUAUUAACAAUGUGCUGUCUUGUGCUUUGUGAGCUUUAGAGUUGCUUGAAAUAAUGCCUCAUUUUUAUUUAAAGUUCUAUUAUAAAUUGUGAAAGCAUUUCAAAUUUAUUUUAUAAAAAUUUUAACUAGUUUAUAUACUACAUAAAGGGGGGAGAAUAACUAAACAUGAAUUGCA